UAAAUCCUUUGUUCUAGGACAACUAUAAUGCACUCCAUUUGGCCGCUAUGUACUCGAGAGAAGAUGUGGUAAAGCUGCUACUGACGAAGAAAGGAGUCGACGUAUAUGCCCCAGGAGGACCGAAGCAGCAGACUGCAGUGCACCUGGUGGCCAGCAGGCAGACUGGCACGGCAACCAGCAUCCUCAGGGCGCUCCUCGCCAGCGCCGGCAGGGACAUCAGGACCAGCAAGGAUGGGAAGGGGAAGAUCCCGCUGCUGCUGGCCGUGGAGGCCGGGAACCAGAGCAUGUGCCGGGAGCUGCUGUCCCAGUCCACUCUGGAGCAGCUGAGGGCCACCAGCGAGAACGGCGACACGGCCCUCCACCUGGCCGCCAGGAAGAGGGACAUCGACAUGGUCAGGAUACUCGUCGACUACGGAGCGCCCGUCGAUGGCCAGAACGGGGAAGGACAAACAGCUUUGCACAUCGCUUCCGCAGAAGGAGACGAGACCUUGGUCAAAUAUUUUUAUGGAGUUAGAGCCAAUGCUUCCAUUGCGGACAAUCUAGAUCGUACUCCAAUGCAUUUAGCUGCUGAAUAUGGUCAUGCAGGUAUCAUUGAACUUCUCGCAGAUAAGUUCAAAGCGUCGAUAUUUGAAAGAACUAAAGAUGGAUCCACGUUAAUGCACAUUGCAUCUCUCAAUGGACAUGCUGAUUGUGCCACCAUGUUGUUCAAAAAAGGAGUUUAUCUCCAUAUGCCUAACAAAAAAGGAGCUCGCAGUAUACACACUGCUGCUAAAUAUGGUCAUGUUGGUAUCAUAAGCACUUUACUGCAGAAAGGAGAGCUUGUUGAUGUUACGACCAGUGAUAAUUACACCCCAUUGCAUAUUGCUGUCGAGUCUGCCAAACCAGCUGUUGUAGAAACGCUUCUUGGAUAUGGAGCUGAUGUCCAUGUUAGAGGAGGACGACUGAAAGAAACUCCGCUGCAUAUUGCAGCUCGUGUAGAAGAUGGAGACAAAUGUGCAAUUAUGCUACUCAAAUCAGGUGCUGCACCUAAUUUGCCUACAGAUGAUGGGGAAACUUCUGUCCAUGUUGCAGCAAAACAUGGCAAUUUAAAUACCCUUAUACUUCUCUUAGCUGAUGGAGGCGACCCUCUACGUAAAUCAAAUAUUGGAGAAACUCCUCUUCAUUUAGCCAGUAGAGGUUGUAAAAGUGAGAUUGUUGAACAUCUUAUUCACUUUGUGAAAGAAAAUAGUGGGCCAGAGAUUGCUACUAACUACGUAAAUUCAGUUACUGAUGAUUGUGCGACAGCUUUGCAUUAUGCUGGUCAAAUAGAAAAAAAUAUAGUUCCUGAGGAUAAACCGGAUGCUGAUAAGAAAGUCGUACAUUAUUUAGUGGAAGGUGGUGCCAACGUCGAUCUUCUUACCAAACAAAAUUCAGAAACUGUCUUCCACUAUUGUGCAACUGUCGGCAAUAAUGAUAUCCUCAUCGAAAUGAUUUCAUUGAUGUCUGGAACUGAAGUUCAAAAGGCUAUGAACCGACAGAAUGGACAAGGAUGGACACCAUUACUCAUUGCUUCCCAUCAGGGACAUUUAGAAAUGGUCAAUACUCUUCUUAAUAAUCAUGCGAGGGUAGAUGUGUUUGACAACGAAGGUAGAUCUGCUCUUCAUUUGGCUGGUGAGAGGGGUUACUUAGAAGUGUGUGAUUCCCUUCUUUCCCACAAGGCAUUUAUUAACAGCAAAUCUCGUGUCGGAAGAACUGCACUCCAUUUAGCUGCUAUGAUGGGUUAUGCCAAUCUAUGCAAAUUUCUGGUCACUGAUCACAAUGCUGUAAUAGACAUCCUGACCCUAAAGAAACAGACACCACUCCAUUUAGCUGCAGCUGCUGGACAACUGGAAGUUUGUAAACUGCUAUUAGAGCUUGGAGCCAACAUAGACGCUACGGACGAUCGAGGACAAAAACCAAUUCAUGUUGCUGCUCAAAACAACUAUCCAGAAGUUGCCCAACUGUUUCUUCAGCAACAGCAUUCUUUGGUUAUGGCUACCACAAAGGAUGGAAAUAACUGUGCUCAUAUCGCAGCGAUGCAAGGCUCUGUGAGGGUCAUUGAAGAAUUAAUGAAAUUCGAUAGAGCUGGAGUAAUAUCUGCAAGAAAUAAAAUUACUGAAGCAACUCCUCUACAGUUAGCCUCAGAAGGAGGUCAUGCCAAUGUUGUCAAGGUUUUAGUUCGGGCUGGUGCAUCUCCUACCGAUGAAAAUAGAGCUGGUUUCACAGCAGUUCAUUUAGCCGCCCAACAUGGCCAUGGACACGUUCUUGAGGUCAUGAAGUCUACUCAAUCUCUGAGAGUUACUAGCAAGAAACUGGGCGUAACAGCUUUACACGUGGCUGCAUACUUUGGUCAAGCUGACACUGUGAGAGAAUUGUUGGCAACAGUACCUGCAACUGUAAAGUCUGAUCCUCCACAAGGAGCUAGUCUUGUCGGUGAAUUGGGGAAUGAAUCAGGUAUGACUCCCCUUCAUCUGGCUUCCUAUUCGGGAAACGAAAAUGUAGUAAGACUGUUACUGAAUUCUGCUGGCGUCCAGGUUGAAGCUGCAACUACUGAAAAUGGAUAUAAUCCUCUCCAUCUCGCUUGCUUUGGUGGACACAUUACUGUAGUGGGCCUUCUGCUCAGCAGGUCUGCAGAUCUCCUGCAAAGCGUCGAUCACAAUGGUAAAACUGGUCUUCAUAUAGCGUCCAUGCAUGGUCAUUAUCAGAUGGUGGAAGUCCUCCUUGGACAGGGUGCUGAAAUAAAUUCUACAGAUAAGAACGGUUGGACUGCAUUGCAUUGUGCUGCACGUGCUGGCUGGUUGAGCGUAGUUAAACUACUUGUUGAAUCUGGCGCUUCUCCUAAAUCAGAGACGAAUUACGGCUCAGCUCCAAUUUGGUUCGCUGCUGCAGAAGGUCACAAUGAUGUUUUGGAAUACCUUUUAACAAAAGAACAUGACACAUAUUCACUGAUGGAAGACAAAAGGUUUGUAUACAAUCUCAUGAUCUGCAGUAAAAAGCAUAAUGGAAAGCCAAUGCAGGAAUUUGUUCUUGUAUCUCCAGCUCCAGUUGAUGUUGCUGCUAAACUUUCCAGCAUCUAUAUGAACCUGUCAAACAAGGAAAAAGAAAGAGCUAAAGAUUUGAUUGCUGCCAGUAAAAUGUGUGAAAGUAUGGCUACUGAAUUGUUAGCUCUUGCGGCUGGAGCUGAUUCUGCUGGUCGUAUAUUAACUGCCACCGAUCGGAAGGGAACAGAGUUUCUAGAUGUCCUAAUUGAAAAUGAACAGAAAGAAGUGAUAGCUCAUACUGUUGUUCAAAGGUACUUGCAGGAGCUGUGGCAAGGCAGCCUUAACUGGACUGCAUGGAAAACAAUUCUUCUCUUUUUAACAUUUAUAUUUUGCCCUCCCGUGUGGGUAUAUUUCACACUUCCUUUGGGGCAUAAGUACUACAAAAUUCCGAUCAUCAAAUUUAUGUCUUAUCUAACAUCUCAUGUUCAUUUAAUGAUACUGUUAGACUUUGUUGGCAUCACCCCAAUUUACCCGACUGUGAGACCGACUGUUAUGCCGUACUGGUAUGAAUGGACCCUUUUAGUUUGGCUCUCAGGAUUGCUAUUAUCAGAACUUACGAAUCCCUCUGAUAAAAGUGGACUUGGUUGGAUAAAACUUGCUGUGCUUCUGUUCAGCAUUCUCGGAGUUGCCGUGCAUUUAUUAGAAAUAGUUAUCGAGCGUGUAUACUGGCCAACGAUUAUGUACUUAAGGAACCAACUGUUUGCGCUAGCAUUUCUUUUGGCAUGCGUACAGAUUCUUGAUUUCUUAUCAUUCCAUUACCUGUUUGGACCAUGGGCUAUCAUUAUUGGAAAUCUUAUGAAAGAUCUUGCCAGGUUUCUUGCUGUUCUUGGAAUUUUUGUUUUUGGUUUUUCGAUGCAGAUUGUUGCUCUCAAUCAACCAUUCAAAAAUCCUACUCCAAAAGAAUUGAAAAAUCAAAAGAAAGAACCUGAAGGAAUUUUCCAAGAAGUUAAAAUGCAUCCUAUGAAAGCUAUCGAGCUCCUUUCUUUUGCUGUAUUUGGGCAAACUGGACCCACAUCCAUAAUUGCCAGAAAAGACAACGAACCAAUGACUCAACCAUCUUGGACGGUGUACUUUUUUACUUUUUUCUAUGGAAUUUAUAUGCUGGUAUCUGUAGUCGUAUUGAUUAAUUUGUUGAUUGCCAUGAUGAGUGACACUUAUCAAAGGAUACAAGCUCAAUCUGAUAUUGAAUGGAAGUACGGAUUAGCCAAGUUGAUUCGAAACAUGCACAGGACAACGGUUUCUCCAUCUCCAAUAAACCUCAUCACAACAUGGUUUAUGUAUUUUUUACAUCUUUGUAAAACAAAAAUGGCACAAAGGAAAAGGCCUAGUUUAGUUCAGAUGAUGGGUCUGCAAUCUAGGUCAAGAGUCAGUGCUCGGACAAAGAUGGGUGCCAAAUGGUUAGCCAAAGUGAAGAAAGGGCAAGUUGCUCCUAAAGAGCCUGUAGCAUUGAGUGUUGUACAUCUGAGUCCUCUGGGAUCACAGUUGAGCUUUAGCAAUGCAGCCACGAAACUAGAAAACGUCGCGGACUGGGAAGCCAUUGCCAAAAAAUACAGAGCCCUCAUAGGGGAGCAAGAGGAGACUAAAGCAGAAGGUGACGCAGCCGUUGGUUCCGUCAAUGCCUCACAGGCUACCCUUCCCGUUGCCAAUGUAUAA